AUGGCUGAAGAAGACUUUUACAAGACCCUCAACGUGUCGCGAGGAGCGACCGACGACGAACUCCAGAAGGCCUAUCGGGGGUUGGCGCGUAAAUACCACCCUGAUUUGCAUCCCGACGACAAAGACGCCAAGCGUAAGUUCCAAGAAGUACAACGCGCGUACGACGUUUUGAGCGACCCCAAAAAACGUCAGCUCUACGACCGGUUCGGCAGCGACUUCGAGAACGUGCAAUCCGGGGGAGGCCCGCCGCCCGGCGGUGGAGCAGGUGGGCCAACUUGGCAAACCUCGCAGGGCAACUUCGACGAUUUCGAUUUCAGCCAGAUCUUCGGAGGGGGAUUCGGCGGAGGAGGAGGGGGUGGAGCGGCUGACAUCUUCAGCCAGUUCCGCACGGCUGGCGGAGGCGCCGGCGGCGCGACGCAUCGCAGACGACGUCCACAAAAAGGCGCCGAUCUUCGCUUCGAGCAUGAAAUCCCGUUCAGCACGGCCAUCGUCGGGGGCGAAACCACGAUCAGCCUUCGCCGCAGCACGGGCAAUGUCGAAUCGAUCUCGGUGAAGAUUCCCGCCGGGAUUGAAGACGGAAAGACCAUUCGCCUCCGCGAACAGGGCGACCCUUCCCCCACCGGCGGACCCGCUGGCGACUUGCUGCUGAAGAUUCGCGUGGCCGAACAUCCCAACUUCCAACGUCGCGGGCAGAACCUGCACGUCAAGCUUCCUGUCUCGUUGGCCGAAGCGGUUCUGGGGGCCAAGGUCGAUGUGCCAACCCCCACAGGCACGGUCACACUCAGUGUUCCUCCCGGCAGUUCUGGAGGCACGCGGCUUCGCAUCCGGGGCCACGGCGUGAAGCCAGCCAAGGGCAACGCGGGCGAUUUGUUUGCAGAGUUGCAAAUCGUUCUGCCAGCGGGGAUGGAUGACGACGACCGCGAGCAAAUCCAGAAGAUCGACUCCAAGCACCCGAGCGCGGCAUCUCCGUUGUGGGCAGAAGACGCGCCCCCGAAGCUCACGCCCGAUCUGUCGACGAGGAUGAAUGGUUCCGCAAACCACUCGUGGACGAAGCCGCAGACGAGCCGACCCAUGAUUCCGAAUGAGCUGAAUAUGGUCGACUAUCCCUUCCGGCCCGAGCAACGCUUGCGUAGCAGUGCCGACUUCAUUGAGGUCUAUCGUCAGCGAACUUCUGUGGCCGACGGCGUGUUGAUCGUUUACGGCUCGAAGAACACCCAGGGCUGGCCCCGACUUGGGCUAUCGGUUGGACGCCGCGUGGGGAAUGCUGUCACACGUAAUCGCUGGAAGCGUGUCAUCCGCGAGGCGUUUCGCUUGAAUGCCGUGGAACUGCCGCAGAAUCUGGCUGUCCAAAAGAGUGCAGCGAAAGCUGGGGGAGAAAUCCCGAUGAAGCGAAUCGCCCAGUGGAUUGUUCGGCUGCCGGCGAUGCUACUGAUUGUGAUGGUGCGACUCUACCAGUUCUUUCUCAGCCCAAUCUUGGGCGGGCAGUGUCGGUUCGAGCCUAGUUGCAGCCACUACUUUAUCGGUGCUGUCCGUAAGAAUGGGGCCAUCGUCGGCACCUGCCGGGGCAUCAUCCGUUCGUGUACGAGACCGAAGGAUUGGUCUUGUUUGUUCCUCCUGGUCGGCGAUUGUUUGACGGAGCGCGUAGGCAUGAAGCCUCAGUACUGGUUGAUCGUCACAAUCGUAAUGUUUGCCGGUUGCGGUCCCUUGUUUGUGCGAUCGCAAAGCCCGGAAAAGCUCGAUUCGCUGCUCGAUGAAGUCGACUUGGUAGGCGAUUUGGCCGUUCCCUCGGGAAUGAAGCCAGUCGUGGUCGAAAGUGUCGGCCUCAUCACCGGAUUGGACAACACCGGUAGUGAUCCACCGCCUUCGACCGAGCGGGCCGAGUUGUUGGGUGAAAUGCAAACACGCGAUGUCGUGCAACCGAAUCAAGUUUUGGCUUCGCCUAGCACCGCAAUCGUGUUGGUACGGGGUUAUCUCCGUCCUGGCAUCCAAAAGGGCGAUCGCUUUGACGUCGAAGUGCGCGUGCCCUCGCAAAGCGAAACCUCCAGUCUUCGCGGCGGCUGGCUGAUGCAAGCCCGUCUGCGGGAACGUCGGUUGUUCGGUAGCCAGAUUCACGAUGGGUCGCUGUUGGCCCUUUGCGAAGGUCCUGUGCUCGUGGCUCCGCGUACGCGCAGCGACGAAGAGAGUGUGAUGGAUAAUCGCGGCCGCAUUCUCGGCGGCGGUGUUGCAUUGAAGUCGCGACCUCUGCAGCUUGUGAUGACGCCGGGCCAUCGCGAUGUUCGCGUUGUCGGCCAGAUCAGCAAGUCGCUCAAUCGUCGCUUCCACACCUUCUCAAAAGGCAUCAAAGAAGGUGUAGCCACUGGCAAGACCGAUCAAUACAUCGAACUUGUGGUUCACCCGCGAUACAAGGACAAUAUCCCACGGUACGUUCAGGUUAUUCGCAACGUGGCCGUCGGAGAGAGUUCGGCUGAGCGAUUACAGCGACUCGAGGUGCUCGGUCGUCAGUUGCUAGACCCCGUGAGUUCGGCCACGGCCGCCUUGCGAUUGGAGGCCAUCGGCAGUGAAGCGGUCGAGGUACUCCGCACCGGACUGGAUUCCAAAGACCACGAGGUUCGCUUCUACUCUGCAGAAGCGUUGGCUUACUUGGACGAAAGCGAUGCGGCACCUGCGCUGGCCGACGCCGCUCGAAACGAGCCGGCUUUCCGUGUGUUUGCUCUGACCGCACUGAGUGCGAUGGACGACUUCAGGGCUUCCGAAGAACUUCGAAAACUGCUGGACGUGCCUAGUGCUGAAACCCGUUAUGGGGCCUUCCGUUCACUAUGGGCGAUGAACCCAUACGACCCGUUGGUGCAGGGUGAACAACUCGGCGGCGAGUUCAGUUAUCACCUGCUCGACGUGCCUGGGCCUUCGAUGAUUCACGUCACCCGAAGUUAUCGCCCCGAAGUGGUACUGUUCGGUCAUGAACAACGCUUCGAACCACCGCUGACGCUCGAUGCCGGCAAGGCGAUCAUGGUCAAUGCCCGUGAGGGCGACCAGCAAGUUACCGUGAGUCGUUUUGCGGUGAACGAGCCUGAUCAGAAACGGGUGGUCUCAACUCGAGUUGAUGAUGUCAUUCGGGCGAUCGUCGAACUAGGCGGGACUUAUCCCGACGUGGUCGAUGCGCUGCAGCAGGCCAAGCAAACGCAUUCGUUGACCAGCCGUCUAGAGGUCGACGCAUUACCUGCCGCGGGACGAAGUUACGAACGAGAAGCGAGCUUGGCCGAUGCGGGCGAGGUGGUCGACUUCGACGAAAUGUCGGAGGCGGUUGCUGAAAAGACCGAAAACGGCCCAUCCGAGGGAGAACUGACCGACGACGACUCGGCCGACAAGCUGUCCAGCGAUGGUCUCCUUAACCCCAAUCCAGCACCCGACUUAUUCAACAGCGACACGCCCUCUGACACCGACCGGCCCAAGAAAGUACGCCGGAAGGUGAAGCGGGAUGAGGAAUCGGAAAAAACUGGGGGCAGUCGUCUGAAGGGCUUCCUUGGUAGAAUGGUGCCAGGCGGUUCCGACUCGUAG